AUGGAUCUUAAUCUUAGUGAUGCUAUUAGUAUUAAUUCUAAUGAGAGUCUAAAUGAGGGAGAUUCAACUGUAGGUUUCGCUCAUAGGGCAAUUAAAGAUGCAACUGUUUCAAUACCAGAAAAUCCAUUAUAUGCUGAUUUGAAUUUACGUGAUGCCAUUCAAAAUCCAUCUGAAGAUAUCAAUUUGGAUUCAGCUACAUCAAUAAAUCUUCUUCAUAAAAAGUCGUUAAGUAUUUUUCAGUUAGUUAUCAUUAUUAUUUUUUUCCUUCGUUUUAAGAGAGCUUUCUCUCCUAAAUUGGAAGCUAAGCAUAAAGAGAGAGUUAAGCUGCAGAAUAAAAGGGAUAAUAGGGAUAAAAAGAUGAAAGGUGAUUGGGAAAAGAUGGAGAAAAAAUGGAAUGAAAGGAAACAAAAAGAAAAUAGAGAAAAAGAAAGAGAAAAUGAUUCUGAAGAUAAAUCCUUGAAAAUUUUGAAUUCUUCGUGCGCAAGUGGAAAAAAAAUUGAGUCCUUGAAUGAAAAACAAUACGAUAUUUAUUUGAAUGAACCAUGUACAAGACAAGCAUGUAAUAAAACUGUUAAAAAAAAGGAAAAAAAUAAUAUGGCUUUGGAUAAUAAAGGAGAAAAAUCGAAAGGAAAAUCCUCCAAUAAACUAGAUUCAGAACUUGAACUUGAAAAAAAGAGAAGAGAAGAGCUCUUUCGUCAAGUGGUUGAAUUAGAUGAGAAAUGGAAAAAAUAUGAAGAGCAUUGUAUAAUGAUGAAUGAAUGGGAAAAAGAAGAAAGAAAAAAAUUAGAAGAAAAAAGAAGAGAAAGAAGGGAAAAACACGAAAAAGAAUUACUAAUAGAAUAUGAAGAGCGGAAAAGGAGCAUGAUAGAAAAAAAUAAAGAGUGGGAAAAGAUAAUACAAAAAGAAAAGAAAGAGUGGAAAAAGAGAAUACUAAAAGAAAAAGAAAAAAUGAAAGAGUGUGAAAAGAAAAUGCUAAAAGAAAAAAAAGAAAUGGAAAUGUGGGAAAAGGGAGUUCUAACAGAAAAGGAAGUAUGGGAAAAGAGAACGCUAAAAGAAAAGCAAGAGUGUGAUAAGAGUAUGCUGAAACAAUUGGAAGAGUGGGAAAAGCGAAUUCUAAAAAAAGGCGAAGAUUGGGAAAAGAGAAUGUUAAUAGAAAAAGAAAAGUUGGAAAAGAAAAUGCUAAAAAAUAAGGAAGAGGGAGAAAAGAAAAUGCUAAAAGAAAAGGAAGAGUGGGAAAAGAUAAUGCUAAAAGAAAAGGAAGAGUGGGAAAAGAUAAUGCUAAAAGAAAAGGAAAAGUUGGAAAAGAGCAUAAUGGAAAAAAAUGAAAAGUGGAAAACAGAAGAAAAUAUGAAAGUUAAUGAAGAAGAAAGUGAGUUGAAUUUAAAAAGAAAAAAAGAACUUGAUAAGAUAAAAGCAAAAGAAGGUAAAAAAAUAAAAAAAAUAUAA